GUUCAUUUAGCUUUAUUUAAAUUUGCAGAAGGAAGAGUUCGUGAAAGAUAUUUAAAUAAAUUGUUAUAUUACCGCUAAAGUAAAAACGAGAUGAGUGAAUUUUUCAAAUCCGCUAUGGUUUACUUCAACACAAAUGCAAAUGUUAGCAGUGCCAACAAUGGCUCAACAACUUCUGGUGCUUCAACAAAUGCCAACUUUUACGCCAACAACAGUACGCAAGAUAAUGACUUUUGUGGUCAAUUGGUCGAAAUAGCUGGUCACAAACUGCUCAUAAAACGCGUUAUAGCAGAAGGUGGUUUUGCAUUUGUUUACGUUGCUCUUGAUGUCCAGACGGGCAAAGAAUACGCCCUUAAAAGACUGAUUGGUGCAGAUAAACGAGCAUGUCAGUCAAUUAUAGAUGAAAUCAACACCCAUAAACAAUUAUCUGGGCAUCCAAACAUUGUGACGUUUAUUGCGGCCACCUUUGUAGAUAAGACUACAAGUCCUCAACAAAGGGCGGAAUAUUUGUUAUUAAUGGAGUUGUGCAAAGGUGGUUCGUUAACUGACUGCUUGUCUGCCACGUUGGAACCAUCUGUGGUGCUUAGGAUAUUUUACCAAGCUGCACGAGCAGUAGCUCAUAUGCAUUCGCAGACACCACCAAUUGUGCACAGAGAUAUAAAAAUUGAAAACUUUUUGCUGGGUGAUGACAAACAAUUGAAAUUGUGCGACUUCGGUUCUUCCACGCGAACUAUAUAUUCGCCUACUUUAGAUUGGAAUGCACAACAGCGCAACACUUUAGAAGACCAGUUAACCAGCGUAACCACGCCUAUGUACCGCGCUCCUGAAAUGUUGGACACAUGGUCUAACUAUGAGGUGGGCCUAAAGAUGGACGUUUGGUCAUUAGGUUGUGUUUUGUAUGUUUUAUGCUUUCAAAAACAUCCUUUUGAAGACUCAGCGAAAUUACGUAUAGUGAAUGGAAAUUUUAUGGUGCCCACAGACUCGAGAUAUAAUUGUUAUCAUGAGAUUAUUAAAGGUUGUUUAACAGUUAAUCCCGCCCAGCGCUUUGAUAUUUCUCUUAUAAUGGAACGUUUGGCGAGUAUUGCAGAGACUAAAAGCUGGUCGCUACGUGGUCCUAUCGAUUUGAAUGGUAAACCUGUUGUUACAACACCGGUCCACGCAGUUUGCAAUGUAGCGGCUUCUCAUCCACAACAAAUUCAAAAUAAGAGCACAUCUACCUUUUACGACAAUCCCUAUCACAGUUCACAGCAACCACAAGGUGAAGCUUCUUCAAACAGUUCGUCCUCUUCACACGCAAACGGAAGUUUAUUUUCUUCUUUGCGUGGAGGUGCUGGCAAUUUUCUUAGAAAUCUCAAAGACACUUCGUCGAAAGUUAUGCAGACAAUGCAACAAACUAUAGCUCGUACUGACCUGGAUAUUAGCUAUAUAACUUCGCGUGUUUUAGUUAUGCCUUGUCCAUCUGAAGGAUUGGAAUCAGCCUACAAAACCAAUAAUAUUGAGGAUGUUCGUCUCUCGAUUGAAAGUCGUUUUCCUCUUCAGAAGGUUAGCGUUUAUAAUUUUGGUCCCAGAGCUUGCCCACGCUUACCGCCUCCUGUUCGCACUGUAGAAGCUGGUACUAUUUACGGUUGCCCUCAAGCUAGAGCACCUAGUUUGGAAGGUUUGUUUUCAGUAGCCGAAGACAUGUAUGGGUUUUUAUCCGCAGAUCCAAAAUCUCUAGUUAUUAUACAAACGGCUGAUAAUGCUGGUUGCACUGCCGCUACCUUGGUUUGUGCUUUGCUUAUGUACUCUGAUCUUAUAUCAGAACCAGAAGACGCUGUACAAGUUUUCGCUGUUAAACGCCACCCAGUUAAUUUAAAGCCCUCUGAAUUCCGUUUUCUUUACUAUUUGGGAGAUUUAUUGCGACCUACACCAUUAUUACCUCAUUUUAAACUAUUGAAUUUGGUGUCAUUAAGUUGUCAACCAGUGCCUCGUAUGACUAAAGCACGUGAUGGCUGCCGUCUAUACAUGGAGGUGCACAAUAAUGACCGUCUAUUAUUGACUACCAUGCAGGACUAUGAAAAAAUACGUUUGUACAUGGCGGGACCUGGGAAAAUUACUAUGCCUAUUAAUCUGCACGUGAGCGGUGAUCUAACUAUUAUACUCUUCCAUGCUCGAAAAGGAAUGGUUCGUCCUCAGGGAGUAAAAAUUUGUCAAUUUCAAUUGCAUACUGGUUUCAUACCGGAACCGGAAACUUUGAUGACAUUUUAUAAUCAAGAUUUAGAUGAUUUAGCUGAUGCAGAAUGCAUAGCAUCUAGUUUCACAGUAUCACUCUCCUUAACGGUCACAGAUGUUGAAACGCCUCCAAGCAGAAAUCCGCCGUGGUGGCCGACAAAACCUCGUAGAAAUGCCUUGAACUUAUUCAGCAAUCAGUUGGAAUAUGAGGAAAUGGUAGACAAUUUCGUAACUAAGCCGACAUCGCAGACUUCAUCUACAAUGUUGAAAUCUAUUUCAAGUCGACCGCAAUCUUCAUUAGCACUGAAAGAAAAACGGUCUUCCUCUCCUUUGGUACUACCAGAUAUUACUGCUGUUAAUCAUGAGAUACUAAUUGUCCCAUCGGAGCCUACACCGCCUAUUGAUUUGCUUAAUUUAAAUCAGCCAACAAUAAAUUCGCAUCAAGAACCACAGGAUCCCCAAGCCACUGUUAUGCCUUCAACGGAUGCGAGUUUUGAUUUAUUAGGAGCUUUUGGUGAUGAUGAUUCUUCGGGAAUAGGCACAGCAUCAAUACCUGAUAUUUUGGAGAAUAAUUCUCAACCGAAAUCGGCAGCUGAUCUCGAUGAUAUUUUCGGACCGCUAAAUUCUAACACAGCAACUUCAUUCAAUUUGAAUUUUAAUGCGUUUGCCACUUCGCCAUCCAACGCACAAGCUGGAAAAAAUAUUUCUAAUAUUACACCUACUGCUCUGAAUUCCGCACCAAUUCCAACAAUUCCAACCGUUACUACACAGAAAGAAACAUCCCCACAGUCUAAAGAUCCUUUUGCUGAUAUCGCUAACUUGGCUUCGGGUUUGAAUAUAAAUUUCAAUCCUAACACUUUAAGUGGUGGUAAAUCUACCGGUCACACUCCAGUAGGAAACAGUCCGUUUAGCACGCACUUUCCCAGUCCAACGCAUAACAUAGCUCCUGUUUGUACCGGCAAUAUACGAGCACCGACAGCUCAAACAUCCACCUCGACUUCACCACAUCAUAUGAAAACGUCCAACGCUUUCGGUAUACCGCUUAAUGUACCGACUUCAAUUACUAGCUCUACCACUACUGCGCCUAACAACACUUCUAAUAUUUCGUCGUCCUCAAUACGACCAGAUUAUAGCCGUUCACAUUUUGAAGCAAGCAAAUCAAAUCAAAAUCAAAAUACGAACACAUCAUCAUCAACUAAAAACUCUGAUAUAUUUGCUGACAUUUUGGGUGAACAAGGCUAUAAAUUUACAAGCAAAAUAAAUGCAGGUCCUCGUUCGAUUAAUGAAAUGCGCAAAGAUGAAACCGUUAAGGAUAUGGACCCAAAAAAGCUUAAAAUUAUGGAAUGGACCGAUGGCAAAAAGAACAAUAUUCGAGCCUUACUAUGUUCGAUGCAUACAAUUCUGUGGACGGAUGCAAAAUGGACCAAAUGUGAAAUGUCUCAAUUAAUAUCUGCUUCCGAUGUAAAGAAGGCUUAUAGAAAAGCUUGUUUAGCAGUGCAUCCAGACAAGCAUAAUGGCACCGACAACGAAGAAAUCGCUAAGUUGAUAUUUAUGGAACUGAAUAAUGCUUGGACUGAUUUUGAGGAUGAUACCACUCAACAGCAUAUGUUCAAUUAAUUAAUAACUUUUUGUAAUUUAAGUUUGGCGUACCAUCGUUAUCUAAGGUUUUUUGUUGAGUUUUAAAUUGUGCAAGAAAUACUUUUCACAAUUUCAACAGAAGCGAUUUCUGCCUGCAUGUAUUAUACUACAAAAUUUUCUGAUUCUAAAUUUUACAAAACUUUAAAAUGAUUUACUUAAAUUUUUUUAGUGUUUAAGUUGAGUAUACGUAGAGAAUAUAUAUCUAUGGCA